AUGGGCUGGAGGAUGCGGGGGCCCGGCACCGCCGCCGCCACCAUCGGACUCUGGGUCUUAGCACUGGGUUUGCUUCUGGCGCUGUGGACCGGGCUCGCGCAGCGGGCGGAGCAGCACCCCUUUCCCGGGCUGGGACUGCUGCGCCCGGGGAGGAGCAGCGCGAAUCGCGCGGCGUCCCCGGCUCUACUCCUCCCCCGUCUACGGCCGGGGGAAGCCCACGGCGGCCCAGCGAAAACUUUCCGGGCACUGCUCACUGUGCCGGCGGCCCGGGAGAGCCUGCCCCAGCUCUUCCCCGAGUCGGAGGAGCAGAGGCAACCGGGGCACGUGGAGGAGCCCCGGCGGGGCGGCCCAGCUGCCGUGCAGGGCGGGAUCUUCUGGAGCCGAGGCCUGGAGGAGCAGGUGCCCCGCGGCUUCUCGGAGGGGCAGGCGGCGUCCUGGCUGGAGGCGGCGCGCGGGGCCCGGGUGGUGGCCCUGGAGCGCGGGGGCUGCGGGCGCAGCUCCAACCGGCUGGCCCGCUUCGCCGACGGCACCCGCGCCUGCGUGCGCUAUGGCAUCAACCCGGAGCAGAUCCAGGGCGAGGCCCUGUCCUACUACCUGGCCCGGCUGCUGGGCCUCCAGCGCCACGUGCCCCCGCUGGCGCUGGCGCGGGUGGAGCCGCGAGGCGCGCAGUGGGCGCAGGUGCAGGACGAGCUGCGCGGCGCGCACUGGGCCGAGGGCAGUGUGGUGAGUCUGACUCGCUGGCUGCCCAACCUCACAGACGUAGUAGCCCCUGCUCCCUGGCGCUCGGAGGACGGGCGCCUGCGGCCCCUGCGUGGUGGCGGAGGCGAGCUGGCUAACCGCAGCGAGCCGGAGCUGGUGGAGCUGGUGCAGUGGACGGACCUGAUCCUCUUCGACUACCUGACAGCCAACUUCGACCGACUGGUCAGCAACCUCUUCAGCCUCCAGUGGGACCCCCGGGUCAUGCAGCGCGCCACCAGCAACCUGCACCGCGGCCCCGGAGGGGGGCUGGUCUUCAUCGACAACGAGGCGGGCCUGGUGCACGGCUACCGGGUGGCCGGCAUGUGGGACAAGUACAAUGAGCCUCUGCUCAAGUCCGUGUGCGUCUUCCGCCAGCGCACCGCCCAGCUUGUUCUGGAGCUGCACCGGGGCCAGGACGCUGCUGCGAGGCUCCUGCGCCUCUACCGGCGCCACGAGCCCCGCUUUCCCGAGCUGGGUGCCCUGGCUGAGCCCCAUGCACAGCUGCUGCAGCGCCGCCUCGAUUUCCUUUCCAAGCACAUUUUGCACUGCAAGGCCAAGUACGGCGGACUGUGACUUGGGACCGGAGCUGGGGCGGGGUGGCCUGGGGGAGGAGAGGCUGGAAAAGUGCAGGACAGCUGCACUUUGGAGUAGGGGAUGGAAGGUCUGCUCUUCCCUCAUCUGUCUGGGAGUUGUGGAGCCAACGCCCACUGAAUGACCGGAGCCUUUCAAAGAUCUCUCCCAUUCAAACUUCCUUCCUCCAUCCCUGUGUGCCUCUGUGUCUCUGGCUCGCUCUAUCUCUCUGUCUUCCCCUCUCCCCGCUCAGUCCCACACUGUCUCCUUUAAAAGUUCUCCAGGAGUGGACGGUGGCUAAAGCCUUCUCUUCUCCCGUCUCCAUGCAGGACCUUUGGCUGUGCCUGGAUGUUGUUUCCAGGCUGCUGAUCUGGAUUAGCCACUGAGUCUGGGGGUCACGAUUGUCUUCCCCGCAACUUGAGAGGAUGAAGUCCAGAAGGGCUCGUUUGGGUGGACGGGAAUUGCAUUUGUUUUUAUUUUUUCUUGCCCUACUCCCCACCUUUUACCCAGGAGGUUGGGGGAGGGGAGGAUGGAGGGCGGAUUGCAUCCCAAAUCGAAUUCUGUCAUUAACAUCCCACGCAGCAGGCGCUUUCUACUGGUCUCUGGAGUAGCAGACAUGCCAUUACACGGUGCAGCUCUGUUCAUGUGUGCAUUCUUUGUUCUAAGGAUGUAACCGCUGUUAAUGGCAAGGCAAAACGGAUAUGGAGACCAGAGAUGCCAGUAACUCCAAACAGCCCUUGGGAAGCCUCCUGAACAAAUCCAGCUCCUUCCACUCAUUUGUUAAACUGUCGUUUGGCCUGAAAACGACAAUACCGAAAGGACUGGAUAAAACCAAUCAAAGAUAAUGGAUUUUCCUCCCUCUUGACCACCCCCUACCCUUCUGGCCCCCCAGAAAACCACCGAGAUGUUGAUAGUGACCAGAGUCUCAAGAAAAGAAAAAAAGGGGGGUGGGGGAAAACCCAGUUUCAUGCACUUUACUUUGCU